AUAUCCCUACCUGACGGGCAUUCUGUUUACACAGGCCGUACUGAGGAACUGCAAGACCCAUUCGAAGGAUCUAACUGGGAUCCUGGCAGUAUCGCAAAAGCAUUCUACUCUGGCCUAUUCGCAUAUGCCGGUUGGAACUUUCUGAACUGUAUGAUCGAAGAGAUGAGCAACCCACGACGGGAUCUUCCAAUUGCAGUGGUCUCCUCGUGUCUCGUUGUUACCGUCCUCUACACACUGGCCAACGUGGCCUACUUGACCGUGGUCUCAAUGACUGAACUUUUAACCACUCCAGCCGUGGCAGUGUGUCUCGUUACUUUGGCCUACCUGUUGGUGACGGACAUCUACUCUCUGAUAACCUACCUCGGUUUCGUGCAGUGGACAGCCAUUGGAUUGACGGUAUUCAUCGUCAUAGUUUUUCGAUUCACUCGUCGCGACGCUCCUCGACCCGUCAAGGCCCCCUUGGUCUUCGCGAUCAUCUACGUGGCGGUCACAGCCUCUUUGGCCAUAUUUGCAUUUGUUGGCGCUCCAAAAGAAUCCAUAAUGGGUGUUCUCAUCAUGUUCAGUGCAGUUCCUGUCUACAUUCUCACCUGUAUGUGGAAAAAGAAGCCAAAAUCAUUUCAACGACUACUUCACACUAUCACCAUUGGAUCACAGAAGUUAUUCCGUCUAGUUCCCGGCAACUAGCAACUUAUUUUGAAAGUCAUCAACAGAAAGAGGGGAAACGCAGCAGACCAUUUUAGUUAUUUCCUUGAGAUUGACCGAGGCAACCAGCCUGGUCUCAGGACAAUUAUUUACAGCUCCAUAUGUCUUUUUUAUCCUUUGCUGCAUCAUGCUCAUUUACGUCUGAAGCCGUGAAUAUAUUAAUAGUAAUCGUUGUCGUUGUUGGAAG